UUCUCGUUCUUCUUGUUCUUUCUCUCCUUCUCGCCUUUUUCGCGCACACGCGCGUUCAAAGUCGAGCUUUUUUGCAUCUACCGUUUCUGACCUUACACUUAGCAUACAGCACGCGCUGCUUCGACCGCCAUUCGAAAGCGACACACCGGUCGAAGUUCGAUCGUCGAUGCGCUCUGCAAUUUCUCAGUGGCAGUGCGUCUCGUUGGCUCGUGCAUUUCUUCGACGCUUCAUCGCCCCGAGCUUUUUUCGUGCGGCACAGUGGACGGUGCGUGGGUGCGUGGUCCGUUUUCGAGACACUUGAAACAUCGUCGUUCGCCGCCUCCUCUUGUGCGCAGUGAGAAUGACAGUUGUCGGAAAUGUGCCUAGAUUGUUUGUGCGAAGCUCUGAAAAACAAAUGUGCGUGAAAAAUAUUGUCGAAGCCAAAUUAGCAUCAGCCUCGUACUUCGGAUUCGAUGUUUACGAUUAUUUCGAUGAUUUUUUUUCCGUUAGCUUGGCAGCUAGCAUAUCUGUCACGUGUUCGUUGAUUGUUUAAUCAAUUUCUCUCUCGUUUUCGUUUUCUCACCACCCGUUAACAUAAACAUUCGAUUCGAUAAGCAUCAUCAAUGCGGCGCGUUGAAUAAAUUUCGUGCACUGCUGGAAUUUUAUCGAGGCAACUUGUUGCAAUGCACAAUGAUGAAAACCGUAUCGAAACGUCGAAACACUUUAUCAUCGAGACGCGCAGCGGCUCAAUUGUUCUUUAACUCUGGUUUUUAUAGAUACGCAGAUUAAAGAAAAUUGGAUGCGCAGCAUCGUUCGCGGAUGUAUUUAUAAAGUUUCUAACUUGGAGUCAAGGGCACUCGGCUAGCGCGCACGCGUUUCGAAACGUUUCCCGGCUUUUCUGUCCAAGUAUUUCUCACUUUCAAGCGAAAAUCGACACGCGUUUUUCGCAGUCGUCAUUUUUUUUAUACUUUCAAUAAUCAGCGAGAUGGCGUGCUCGCGAGAAUAGCUGGAAAUCCGAGCGAAUUUAUAAUCGUAAAAGGUGCGCAUUUUAGCGGGUCGUUUUAUAGGAGAGGAGCGCGCGCGAGCCGUAUCGUAAACAUCGAAUCUCCCGGAGCGCAUAAAAUCGCGCACUCGCGCAUAUAUGAAAAAGUUAAACCUCUGCCUAUCGUGGAAAAAAAUACAUUUACCCCGAGCACACAUGCUGCACGACUGCAUGCGUAUGUGCGUGAAUAUGAAUAUGUGCUCGUCGCGUACAGCGAAAGUGCAUCAAAGUGGAGCAUCUAGAAGCGGCACCCACACCCGCAGCGAUAGCUAUAACUCGGAAAAGGCGCAUCUGCCGGUGCGCCAACAGAGGCAGCGACAGCAGCAGCAGCAGCAAAGCAUCGAUCUGGAAAAUCUUUCGCGGGAAAAGUCGCUGGUAACGUCGAAAAAUGUCCCGCAUCGCGAGGCUCGGAGUAUCGACGCGGCAACGUCGGUCGCCAGCAUCACCGUAGCUCCUAAGCGCCUCGAUAACGACGCAUCAAAGAGAUAUAAUCAGCGAAGAGCAGCAAAUCGUAACAGAAUGCGACUCUGGCGUGGGAAUCGCUUCGAGAUCGAGGAGCUGUACACUGCCCUGCUGUACAUAACGCAGCACCCGAUCGGCCUCGACGUGGUCGAUCAAGUGGAACAGGACGCGAUUAUCAAUUAUUUACAGAAGGCGUUCAAUAUCGACGAUGAGACGCACGCGAGAGUCAUGGACGAGACCCGCCAGAUGGAGGCACCGGAGAUACACUUAAAUAUAGAAGUCAUAGAGGCCAAAGAUCUGGUGCCCAAGGAUGCCAAUGGGAAAAGCGACCCAUUUUGCGUGCUAUAUCUGGAAUCGCAGCCGACCAAGAGAUACAACACGGCCGUUAAGCCCGAGACCUUGACACCUGUCUGGCAAGAGCAUUUCGCUUUACCCCUCGAAGAUCCGGAAAAUGACGUGCUGUUCGUCGAAGUUUGGGACUUUGACGCGGCCGAAACGGUGCCGGAAAAGAUCAACAAAGUCAAGACGAUCAAGAGCGUCCGAGGCUUAGUAAAGCUAGCCAAAGAGAUCGCCGUAACGGCCAGAAACGGCAACCACGACAACGAGUUCAUUGGAAGCAUCCGAAUACCUUUGAAGGAUAUCCCAGUGGUCGGCCACGUGAACUGGUACACCCUCGAGAAGCGGGGCAAGAGCAAACUGCGCGGUCACAUCCGGCUGCGGAUGUCGUUCAGCUCGGAGCACAACGCCCAGGUCGCAUUCCAGGAGCACCGCCACCUCAUCCGCAUUCUGCUGCUGCACGAGCUCGAGUCGAACAAGGUGGAGAAGUACACCUGGCAGCUGGGCAGCUGGCCCACGGCGGGCUCGAUCGUGCUGAUGCAGCACGCGGCCCAGCGCGGCCUCAAGCCCGAGAUCCAAGCCCUGGCCAAGUGGAUCGAGUGCUCCAACGUCCACCAGGAGCACCCGCUCAACUUCGAGCUGUUCCACGAGCUCGUCCAGGACAUCCGGGCGUCCAUCAAGUCGGGCAUGUACAGCGACGACGAGCUCAAGCAGUUCUGGGAGGCGACGCGCAAGAGCCUGCACUCGGGACUGAACGCGUUGCGCAAGAUACGCAGACUCGCCUGCGACAAUAAGGCGGUGGUGAAGCAGCUCGUCGCUAUUCUUAGAAUUAUUUCGUGCCUGUCGUCUCUCGAAGUGCCAGAGAAUGUAAAUUUGUUCCCAUUGAAAAUGUAUUCAUGGUUUCCACCGGAGAUUUUGGAGGACGACCGAGUUAGUAUCCUCGAGGCGCUGGAAUUCGCCGUAAUUCGCGGCGGAGCUGAAUGGUUCGAGUAUAUAGUUUCCAACAACAACAUGGAGAGCGACACGGACGAGGAAGCCAUCAAGUAUCACAUCAAAAUUAUUCAGCUGAUUAAAAUUGACUUGACUCGGGCGAGCGAGAUAUACGAAAAACUCUUCAUCAAGACGAUCGACUUUCCCUACACCAAAGUUCUCUACCGCACGUACGAGAAGCGAAUAAGCGACCUCUGCAUGGUCAUCGUCGAGGACAUUUGCGGCAGACUGAAGAGAAUCGAGAUCGAAACUUCGGAGAAUCCCGAGCUAAGUUUGGGCACUUCGCUCUUCGAGCUCUAUCUGGCUAUACAGCGAUUCGCCGAAUUUGGGGAAAAAGUCUGCCCGGACGAGAUAGAGCAAAUGAAAGUUCGCAACUACUACGACUGGUUCGCCUCGGGUGUCUCUCACUGGCUGGAGAUGGCAGUUUUUAAGGCAAUCAAGCGCAUCGAUCGGGCCAUCGAGGUUGACAAGCUCCAACCGGUCGACUCGAGCGUCCAGUACAGUUCCAGUGCCGUCGACACCCUCACGAUUUUCUACCAAAUCAAGGUUUUCUGGACGCAGCUCGCUUGGCCCGACAUCGAGGGAGCCUACGCAUUUAUCGCCAAAAUCGUCGACGACAUUUGCAAGUGCUGCAUCGCGUACGUCGAUCGAAUGUCGCAGAAGGUCGACGAGCUCCAAGAGAUCCGGGACGCCGACAGCAACCUCUCGAGGCCUAAUCUCUUCGGCCAACAGUACGACGUCUCGGUGGCUUGGUGCUACGCCCUCAACAAUAUCGAAUACGUGAGGACGUCGAUCGAGCCACUCACCAAAGAUCUCGGCUUCGAGAGCGUCAUCGAGGCGCUGGCCGAGACCAAGAGCCAAAUCGAAGCCGAGCGCUGCCAACAGACCCUCGAGCUCAUCAUCGACAAUGCCAAGGAUACGGUGAGGAACAAGAUAAUAACGAUGCAGGAGACGGUCGCCAAAAGAAUGGCACCCGCCAUGGCCAGGUAUCUAAUGGAAGGCGCCGAGCACCAGCAGCAGCACGACGCCAACAGCAGUAAUUCGAUGGACAGAUUAAUGGAGUAUUUGGACUCGAAUCUCAUUACUCUCCACGACAAUCUGAGCGAGGACAACUUUCAACGCAUUCUAAUGGUCAUUUGGGAAGUGAUGGCCGAGGUUCUAAACCAACUCGUUAACAGCAACCUGAGGCGAAAACGUCCACCGGCUUUCUACUCGAAUCUCCAUCAGACUCUCAAUAAUCUCAUUCAAUUUUUCAAUCUCGGCGCCGACGAGCUCGCCAACGUCCAAGUGCUCGAGCGCAUCGAGAAAACCCUCGGCCUGUACGGAUUAGAGACGGGCGAGCUCAUAUUGCGCUAUUAUCAGGACAGGCUGGCCGUGCAGUCCGUCAUGCAAGACGAGCCUUACGGAUUACUCACGGUCAAGGCGUAUUUUUUCAACGAUCUGCUGAACCUGCAGAUCCUCAAUGCCCGGAAUCUGCGAGCCAUCGACAAGAAAUGCGAUACGUACGUUAAAAUCCGACUGCUUCCCGAAGACGUAUUCAUCGGUAUGAAGACAUUCAAGACGAACGUGCGCAAGGAGACGCAAUUUCCACUUUACGAAGAAAGUUUUAGCAUUCCAUUGACCUCCGACCAGAGCAAAAUGAAAAACGCAGUUAUUCAAUUCGAAAUCAAAGACAAGGACUUUUUGAGAACGAGAUUUUUGUCCGAGUGCUUUUUGUCGUUUGGCGAUAUUCAACAGACCGAUUCGCACGACGGUUUCGACGCAUUGCCACAAAUUCACAUGAAACUUUCAAGACCGACCAGCGAAAGUUCCGAAGUUAUUCAUGCCUUAUCGAAGCGGAAAGGUGAUAGCCAAGCGUCGUCUUUCGUUACGAAAAUUCAAUCGAAAAUCAACUCGAGUUAGAGCAUCGUUGACUCGAGUACCAACGAACAAAUCAUUUAUACAAUUAGUAUUCAAGGUGCACUUUGAGACGCAUUUUGUGUGGACGCAUCGAACUCGAAUACACGUUUUUGUCGCGCAAUUUUAAAUUGCUCACGCGAUUUUUACGAAAAUGUAUUCCUGUGAUAUUCAUAGCGCAGAGAGAACAAUUAUAUAAAACAUUUUAUAUA